CGAGUGCAUGAUGGCGAGCGAUCGGGGCGACCUCUGUGUAAAAGUACUCGAAGCAGUUCCGAACUGCGGGCGGCUGUCUCGACUGUUGGAAUGUUUUUCGAAUGAGUUUGCGCGCGCUCCCAGCUUCGUCGUACGAUGCAGUGGAAGAGUGAAUAUUAUUGGCGAGCACGUGGAUUACUGUGGAUAUCCCGUCUUUCCGAUGGCCAUCGAGCAGACGAUCCUGCUUGCGGUGGCUCCUUCGGACGACAAUCUGCUGCACAUCAAGAAUGCUGACAGCAACUUCAAGCCGUACAAGUGUAAUGUGCUUACUUUUAGCAUUGAUGUGCCCAGUUCCGGUGGACCAAACUGGUACCAGUACGUGCUGUGCGGUGUGAAAGGAGUACUGGAAAAUAGCACCAUACAACACGAUGCAGCCCGGGGCAUGAUGAUCAUGCUGUUCGGCAACAUUCCUCCGGCCUCGGGACUUUCCAGUUCGAGUGCCAUCGUUAGUGCCACAGUCCUGGGGACAGCAUACAUGCAUAAUGCCACACUGAACAAACAAACUCUUGCCACCAUUUCCGCCGAGUGCGAAAAGUUCAUCGGAACACAAGGCGGUGGCAUGGAUCAGGCCAUCGCAUACCUGGCACAGGAAGGAUGCGCUCAGCUGAUUGAGUGGAAUCCGCUUCGAGCUACUCCGAUUCAAAUGCCGGCGAAUGGUGUGUUCGUCAUUGCCAACAGCUUGUCCGAAGCGAACAAGGCGGCUACGUCCGAUUUUAACCAGCGUGUCGUGGAGUGUAGACUAGCAAGCAGACUGUUGGCGAAACAGAUGAAACUUAACUGGCGCGAUCUGCAUCGUUUCGCCGAUCUGCAGAAAGCGCUUGGCUAUUCUCUGGAACAGAUGGAAGCGCUUGUACAGGCCAACCUGGGGUUGAACGUUUACUCAAGGAAUGAUUUGCUAAUGCAGCUAGAGGUAACGGAGCAGGACUUUUCAGACAAUCUGCUAACGCCCAACACGCGUCAUUCGGAGACAUUCAAACUGAGGCAACGUGCGUUACACGUUCUGCAAGAGUCACUUCGAGUGCAACAGUUUAUAGAAACUGCAAGAUCUAAUCCAGACGACUGCAUACCACGCAUGAAAGCACUGAUGAAGCAGUCGCAUGAAUCCUUGCGCAUGCUUUACGAAUGUUCGCACGAGAACUUGGAUCGGAUUGUGGAACUCUCGGAGCAUCUGGGCGUAGGAACACGACUGACUGGAGCCGGAUGGGGCGGAUGCGUUGUUGCACUGUGUGACGGUGUAGAGGAAAGCCAACGCUUCGUUGAAACGUUGAAGACGGAGUUUUAUGCCAACAUUCCGAAGGCACAAACAUGCGAAAUCGAGAGCUUGUGCUUUACUACCAGCCCACAACGAGGUGCCGAAAUUUAUCUGAUCGAAAAGCAACACAAUAUUUUGGACCCAUCAGUGUAA